GGAUUUUAAUCCUGAUGUUGCUUUUGGUUGUAUUUUGAAACACGCAGAUAAAGAUACAGGGGGUGGGGUCGUUCUGAUGGGAAUUGAUAUUGGGACAGAGCAGGCAGAAUAUGAGUAUUCUUGAUACAUAACAAGUUGAUUUGUGAGGACUGAUGGGAAAGUUUCUCCAUGCUAUCAUGCUACUCGAAUUGCAAGGCUUAUGUUAAGGAGGGGAUAGCGAGGAACUUAGUCUAUCCAUUUCCUGCUUUAUUUCUGUUCUCAGAGAGACUGCUUGGCUCAGAAUGUUGAGGGUUGCUCCCAGAUUCUUGACUAAAUCCCCUCUUCGUACCAUUUCACCCUUUGCUCCUCCUCGUUUCUCCUCGGCUCGUUACAUCGAUGCUCCCUUCCAGAAAAUCCAGAUUCCAAGGAAAACAAGUACAUUUGAUGGAUAUCUUGUUGGUGAGCACGACGCUCAUGGAAUUGUUUUGCUUCAGGACUGGUUGGGUGUGGAUUAUCAUGUCAAAAAUCAUGCUUUGAGGAUUUCUCAGCUUGGCCCUGGAUUUAAAGUUCUUAUUCCAGAUAUGUGCGGAGGAAACUACGCACAGCAACUGUUUUAUGGAAUUGAUUGGGAUGAAGCUCUGAUGAAACUUGAUUCUUCAACUACAUGGCUUCAAACCAAUGGUUCAAAAAAGGUUGGUGUAACUGGCUUUGGUAUGGGGGGUGCUCUCGCUAUUGCCGGCUCUAUCCGGUUUCCACCAUCUUUUGAUGCUAUUGUAGCUUUUCAUGGCUCUCCUCCUCGGCAGGAUGACCCUGGCUACGCCAGUGCUCCUGUUCAGGCUCACUUUGGGGAGUUGGACGAUUUUGUUGGAUUUUCGGAUGUUAAGACUGCGAAGGAAUUGGAGGAAAAUUUUAAGGAAUCUGAAUAUCCAUAUGAGGUACACAUAUAUCCUGGCAAGGGACACGCAUUUAUGGACAGCAUGAUAUUGCCCGAUGAAGAUGAUGCUGAAGUUCAGCUUGCCUGGUCUCGCUUCAAGGAAUGGAUGACACGUUACUUGUAUAGUUGAAUCGCUUCAAGGAAUGGAUGACACGUUACUUGUAUAGUUGAAUUGUGAAUCAAAUUGUGACCAUGAUUGCUGUUAAGCUCUAAUUAAACAUGGUGCUUCUUACUUUUGAGAUAUUUGACUUGGAAUAAUUUUGAAACUGUUGUGGUUCUUCUGUAUUAAGAGAAUAUGCUCUUUGGCUUAUGGUGCCAUUGUUCCUAAGUUC